UCUCAUGCACGGGAAUGAGGAGCGGCCGCAUAUAAAGAGCAGCUCUGGAGUGUGUGUGAGUGUCUGUUCCUCAACCCGUCUGCAGCUCAUCUACAGGUGAUCAUCAUGAGUUGUCCGUCCUCUGGUCAGCCGGGUUUGUGCCCUCAGCAGAACACUGGCAGCAUGUGGCCCACACAGCCCUGCCAACCCUGCUGGUCCUGCCCACCCAACCAGCCCAACUGGCCAGUAACCCAGCCCAGCGCAUCACUCCCGACAACCUGGCCAGUGAACCAGCCCACAACCUGGCCAGUUCAACCCACUCAACCAGCUUGGCCAAACCCUGCAAUACAACCCAGCCAACCAAUGCAACCGGUCCAACCAGUUCAACCCAACCCACCGAUGCAGCCAGUGCCACCAGUUCAACCAAUGCAACCAGUUCAGCCCAGCCCACCAAUGCAGCCAACCUCACCAGUGCCACCAGUUCAACCCAGUUUACCAGUCCAACCAGGGCCAGCAGUCCAGCCGAACCCACCCGCUCAACCAUCCUGGCCUCCAGUUCCCUCCCCUACAGGGUACCUGCCCUCUCCAGUGCCCCCAGCCUGGCACGGCAACCCUGGACAACCUGGUUGGCCCGGACAGGGGCCCACAGGGGGAGCCCUACAGCCCUGGCCCCCCGCUCCAGUGACCGCUCCAGUG